AUGCCCCGUUCUUCUCGUACAGGCGUAUUAGUUUUUGAUCCAGAAAUCGAGAAAACCGCACGAAAGUUGAAGAAGCAAGCUAAGGAGUGGAAAAAGAAAUCCAAUUCUUCUCCACCGAGUCUUGAGGAUCAAAAAGAAAUUGAAGAUCCAAUGGGUGACCGUAACAAUAGGGAUGAGGAGAACGAUAGAGAGAUCGUUGAUCCUCGACAGGAACCACCUCAACUGAUCAGAGAGUUAGGCCGUCAUAGAAGCAAUCGCCCUUUGUGCAUUGUCCUUCCUGCCAUUAAUGGCAACGCUGAAAUACGGCCUGGUUUCAUUCAAGUGCUACCCAAAUUCGGUGAUUUACCUGGAGAGAGUGCACACAAGCAUCUGGCUGAAUUUGAUCUAGUUUGCUCAACUCUACGCCCUCAUGGUUUUACUGAAAAUAAUUUGAGGCUAUUGACUUUUUCUCAUACUUUGCAGGGUAGAGCGAGAGAUUGGCUUUUUGAUCUUCCUCCUGGUUCGAUUAGAACUUGGGGAGAUUUAGAAGAACAAUUCUUGCGAAAAUUCUUUCCUGAGUCCAGAGCUGCAAAUUUGAGAAUGGCCAUUAGCAGCAUUAAACAGAAGAAGGCGGAGAGUUUAGCCGAUUAUUGGGAGAGAUUCCAACAGCUGUGUCGCAAGUGUCCUGAUCAUGGAUUUUCUGACUACCAAUUGCUUACUAACUAUUUUUAUCGUGGUAUGUCUUCUUUUGAUAGGAAAAUUGUUGACGCUGCUUGUGGUGGAAGCUUGACCAAUAAAACUUUGGACGAAGCAAAGCAACUCAUCGUUGACAUGGUUUCAAAUGGCCAACAAUAUGAGGAUGAGGAUGAUGAUCGUUAUAGGCCAGUGCAGAAAGUAGAAGAUUCCAACAUGAACGAGAGAAUUGAUGCUCUCACCUCUUUAGUUAGAGGACUUGCUGAUAAUAAUACUGAGCAAGCGUGCAUGGGAUCCGCUGAUGAGCAAGAGAUGAACGCACAAAGGCAAAGGCGAAACGACCCUUUUUCCAACACCUACAAUCCAGGGUGGAGAAAUCACCCAAAUUUUAGGUGGAGACAGCAGGAACCAGGGAUGUACGCGCCGAAUCCGCCGCAGGCUGGACAGUAUGCCCAUACCGCACGUCCUGCACCGAGUUCUGCACCCAAUAUGAGCGAUAUCAUGAAGAGCCUCGCCCAGAGCAGUGAAAUUGUGAAGAAUUUGGUGCAAAGUCAGCAGGCAUUCCAGCAUGAAACCCAGGCAGCGUUGAGUAAUAUGGGCACACAAAUCACGCAGUUAGCCACUCAGGUGAACAAGCUGCAGGCGAAUCAAGGCCGACUUCCUUCUGUCACGGAGAUGAAUCCCAAGGAAAAUGCAAGUGCUGUAACUACAAGAAGUGGGAGAAUUCUAGCUGAGCCACAGCCUAAGCAGCAGGACAAAGAAAAGCCCGAUGAAGCCAAGGACGAUGCAAUUAGUGAAAAGUCACCAGAAUCCACCGAGCCUAUCUCUUCUAAGGUAAGUGGAAAACCUAAGGUUUCAAUUCCUCAAUCACUGAUUGCACCACCUUUUCCUUCUAGGUUGGCUCAGAACAAGAGAAUUGAAGAAGAGAAGGAUAUUCUGGAAAUCUUCAAGAAGGUAGAAAUAAACUUGCCCUUGCUUGAUGCAAUUAAGCAAGUUCCCAGGUACGCAAAGUUUUUAAAAGAGUUAUGCUCUAAGAAAAUGAAGUUUGGGAAUGAUGCGAGAAUUCGAGUGAGUGAGAAUGUUUCUGCUGUUCUUCAAAGAAAAUUACCCCAAAAAUGUCGAGAUCCUGGUAUGUUCACCAUUCCAUGCAUUAUAGGUAAUAAGACUGUUGAGAGAGCCAUGCUAGAUUUAGGAGCAUCCAUAAAUGUCAUGCCUUAUUCUGCGAUUCCAGAGAAGACGAGCGAGAGGAAGACGAAGCUGUUGUGUCAGGCCACCAAAUCACGAUCAAGCAUGCGUCGUGUAACCUUCGUUUUUAAUUAUUGGGGUAUUUGGAAGAAGGAUUUAGAAACUGCAAAAUUGGUUUAUGAUGGCUAUAAUUCUGUUGAAAUUGACGAAAAUGUUGAUGACAUGAGUCUUGAUCGUAUAUUUGAAGAAUUUGCUAAGUGUUAUGAUAGUAGACCUAAGAGUGUGUAUGCUUUGGAUGGAGAUUAUACCAUUGAAAAGGGAUUAGUGUUACUUAGGAAUGAUGAGCAUUGUAAAAAAGUGUUUGAUUAUCUUGAGUUGCUUGGAGCAGAGGAGAUUCUUUUGUUUGCUGACCAUGAAAGAGAUCCCCUGCCCCCUGUUACACUUUUACCAUUGUUUGAUGAGGAAAAGGAAGGUGAUCAAUUAGAGGAUAUUCAUGGGUUGGAGAUCGAAAAUGAGGGUGAGGGGGUUGAUGCCGAGAUUGGAGAAGAUGAUGCUGUAGAAGAGGAUGAUGGUAUAGGUGUAAAUGAAAUAAGUAGUGAGCAUGAAGGGGAUGAGCAUGAUCACACUUUUUCUGAUCCUUUAGGGAUUGGUUCGGACUCUGAUUCUAGUACAUACAGUGACAAUGAGUCAGAGAGUGAUGAAGAUAUAGUGAAUGAGGAGUGCAUGAUAGGAUCUGGAGAACAGGGACAACAAGGGAACUUUGCACUAGGCAUGACCUUUGCCGAGGCAAAGGAUUGUAGGGAGGCUUUGGCAAGAUAUUCAGUGACAUUUGGUUACAAGCUUAAGUUCAUGAAGAAUGAACCUAAGCGAGUUAGAGUUGUAUGCAUCAGUGAAAAGGAUUGUCCCUUUGUAUUGCUUGCAUCGGCUGAUGGAGAUAAAGAGGGGUUGAUCAUAAAAACUCUAGUGGCAGAGCACACUUGUGCAAGGCAAAGAGAAGUGCCAAGUGCUUCUAAAAAAUACUUGGCAAAUUAUUUCAAAGAUACAGUCUACAGGAAUCCUAGAUUCAGUGCGAAGGAUAUGCAGGGACAUGUUAAAGAGCACCUGAAACUACAUGUGAGUAUGGGGAAGUGUAAGAGAGCAAAGAGAGCAAUAAUCACCAAGCUUGGAGGCAGUUACAAGCAGGAAUUCAACAUGUUGAUUGGUUAUAUUGAGAAGGUGAAGGAGACCAACCCUGGUUCAAAGAUGGAGCUUCAGUUGAGCAAGGAUGAAUUGGCUAACGGUAGGAGGGUCUUUAAGAGACUGUUUGUUAUGUUUGAUGCCUGCAGGCAGAACUGGAAGGGGGGUUGUAGGCCCCUGAUUUCUUUGGAUGGUUGUCACCUUAAAGGUGUAACAUUUGGUUGCCUUCUAACUGCGGUUGGAAAAAAUGGCAAUGACGGUGUGAUUCCUAUUGCUUGGGCAAUAGUGAAUAAAGAAAACAAACACAAUUGGAGCUGGUUUGUGAGUUGGCUGAAACAAGAGCUCCAACUUGGAGAUGGUGCAACUGUUACCAUAAUGAGUGAUAUGCAAAAGGGGUUGAUGGAAGCUGUGAAGGACCAAAUUCCAGAGGCAGAGCACAGGUGGUGUGCACGGCACAUAUACUCCAACUGGAGUAAAAAAUGGAGGGGAGAGGAGCUGAAAAAACGAUUUUGGAUGGCAGCCUGGAGCUCAUUUCAUGAGGAGUUCAAACUCAGUUUGGCCAAGAUAAGCUCCAUCAAAAAGAGUGCAGCUGAGGACCUCAUGCACUACCCUCCUCAGAAUUGGUGUCGUGCAUAUCAAUCAACCAGGUGCAGUACUUAUAUGGUAGACAAUAACAUUUCCGAGUCCUUUAAUUCUAGCAUAAUGCAGGCUAGGCAUAAGCCAAUCAUAAGUAUGUGUGAAGACAUGAGAGUCUUAGCCAUGUCUAGAAUUAGGGAUAGAAAGGGAAGUGUUGCCUCGUGGAAAUGGGAUUGGUCACCAAACUGCAUGAAGUUAUUUGAACUUGCAAAAACUGAAUCUAUGUGUUGCAAUGUAAUAUGGAAUGGUGAGGAUGGGUACGAGAUAGGGGAAGGUAUGGACAAACACACUGUUUCUCUGGAUCAAAAAAGGUGCACUUGUAGGAUUUGGGAAUUAACUGGUAUUCCUUGCUGUCAUGCUCUGGCUGCCAUGUACUCUUCAUCUCUGGAUCCCAUGAGUGUGAUGUCGCACUGGUAUCACAAAUCAACAUUCAUGAAGUCAUAUGAACACUCCAUCAAGCCUGUACCAGGUUACAAGUUCUGGAAUGUUAGAGAAUCUGAUGCCAUAGAACCUCCACCUGUGGAGAAGAAAAUUGGGAGACCGAAGAAGGUAAGAGUCAGAGCAAAACAUGAGCCAAGGACGAGCCACAAGUUAUCAAAGAUAGGACAGAAACAACACUGCAGCAUCUGCAAGAGUGAGAGCCACAAGAAGUAUAACUGCCCUCAAAGACCAGUUCAGGAAACACAAGAUUCUAUUAACUCUGGAGUUGGCUUGUAUAUUAACCCUGAAACUGGGAGGACAGUUCUACAUAGUGGCAGCUCACAGUCAGUUGUGAUAGAUGAGGGAACCCCUCGAGUUGCUGAUCCGAACACGAAAUUUGCAAUACCAAAUGAACUUCAGUUGAGGAAAGAAAAGAGAAAGGAACUUCAAACUGGUGGAGAGGGACAGAGUUCAAAAGCAAGGAAGAUUGCCUCCAAUCCAUUCAAGCCUCCAAGAGGCAAAGGAAAACAGGCGCAGGAUUUGCAAUUAGGACCUUUGAAAGACACUCGUGUUAUCAUUCAGUUAGCUGAUAGGUCUACUGCAUAUCCCGAAGGUGUUGUUGAGGAUGUCCUUGUCAAGGUCAAUGAUUUGAUUUUUCCUGUGGAUUUUUAUAUUGUUGAUAUGGAUGAUUCUGCUAAGCAAUCCUUGAUUCUUUUAGGGAGACCAUUCAUGAAAACUGCUAAGGCAAAAAUUGAUGUGGAUAGUGGAAUGCUUAGCCUUGAAUUUGAUGGAGAUAUUGUCACAUUUAAUAUUUUUGAGGCUAUGAAGCAUGUUGAGGAUCCUGAAUCUGUGUUCAUGAUUGAUGUUAUUGACCCUUUGGUUGAGGAAUUUGUUAAGAAUUUCAGGGAGGAUGAGCUUGAACAGGUUAUUUUCAGUUCCCUAACUGAAGAGAACACCAAAACUGAGGAGAAUGAAGCCAUUAGAGAGAUCAUCAUGCAGCUGUACUCAACGGAGGAAAUUCCAAUUCGGCACCUGUCGAGCAGGAUGCCCAUACCGACCAGCACAGAACCGAUUUUGCCCUCUGUUGUGAAGCCACCGAAGCUGGACUUGAAGGUACUGCCCCAGCAUCUGAAAUAUGUGUUUUUAGGAGAGGAUGACACGCUACCAGUGAUCAUCAACAAUGAACUCAGUGCAGAACAAGAGGUAAGGUUGGUAAGUCUUCUUAAGAUGCAUAAAUCUGCCAUUGGAUGGACUAUAGCCGAUAUCAAAGGUAUUAGUCCCUCUACUUGCAUGCAUAGAAUCUUACUUGAGCCUAAUAGUAAGCCGUCUAGGGAUCCUCAACGAAAAUUGAACCCUGUCAUGAAAGAAGUUGUGCUUAAAGAAAUUCUUAAAUUGCUUGAUCUAGGGAUUAUUUAUCCGAUUUCUGAUAGUACAUGGGUCAGUCCUGUUCAUGUGGUUCCUAAGAAGUCUGGUUUUCAAUUGGUUAAGAAUGAGAAGAAUGAGUUGAUUCCCAUGAGGUUGCAAACUGGUUGGCGUAUGUGCAUUGAUUUUAGGAAGUUGAAUAAUGCUACUAGGAAAGAUCAUUUUCCAUUACCUUUCAUUGAUGAGAUGCUUGAGCGAUUGGCUGGUAAGGAAUUCUUUUGUUUUCUUGAUGGCUACUCUGGAUAUUUUCAAAUUUUUGUAGCUCAGGAAGAUCAAGAGAAAACCACUUUUACUUGUCCUUUUGGCACUUUUGCAUGGCGUCGUAUGCCGUUUGGAUUAUGUAAUGCUCCUGGUACUUUUCAGCGUUGUAUGAUGAGUCUAUUUUCUGACAUGAUUGAGAGUUGCAUAGAAAUUUUCAUGGAUGAUUUUACUGUGCAUGGAGACUCUUUUGACCAUUGUUUGACUAAUCUUGAACAAGUUUUGCAGAGAUGUGUCGACACUAAUUUGGUGUUGAACUUUGAGAAAUGUCAUUUCAUGGUGAGAGAGGGGAUUGUUCUUGGGCAUGUGAUUUCUACAAGAGGAGUAGAAGUUGAUAAGGCGAAAAUUGAUUUGAUUGUUAAGUUACCUUAUCCUUCUAAUGUGAAAGAGAUUCGUGCUUUCUUAGGCCAUGCAGGUUUUUAUAGGCGCUUCAUAAAAGACUUCGCAAAGAUUGCUCAACCUCUCACUAGGUUGCUUCAUCAAGAUGUGUCUUUUGUGUUCGAUGACAAGUGCAAGGAGGCCUUUGAUUUGUUGAAGAGUAGACUCACUUCUGCCCCCAUCAUUCAGCCACCAAUUUGGGGAGAACCUUUUGAAAUCAUGUGCGAUGCAAGCGACUACGCCGUUGGAGCAGUGCUAGGGCAGAAAGUUGGGAAAGAGAGCCAUGUGAUUUACUAUGCUUCCAAAACUCUCAACCCGGCUCAAUGCAAUUACACAACCACGGAGAAGGAGCUUUUAGCCAUCGUUUUUGCUUGUGAAAAAUUUAGAUCAUAUUUGAUUGGUUCUAAAGUUGUUGUGUACUCUGACCAUGCAGCUCUUAAGUAUUUGCUCUCUAAGAAAGAAUCUAAGCCUCGCUUGAUCCGUUGGAUUCUACUUUUGCAGGAAUUUGACUUGGAGAUUAAAGAUAAAAAGGGAGCCGAGAACUUGGUAGCUGACCAUCUGAGCAGACUGCAGACUGUGUCGGACGGUAUGCCCAUACCAGACGACUUCCCAGACGAACAGCUGCUGCACAUCGACGGUAACACUCCCUGGUAUGCUGAUUUGGUUAAUUUUCUAACUGCUGGAGUUUUUCCUAAGGGAAUGGAGACAGCCCGUAAGAAUAAGUUGAGGAGCCAAGCAAAAUACUUCAUAUGGGAUGAUCCUUAUUUGUGGAAGACUUGUGCGGAUCAAGUGAUACGACGUUGCAUCCCUGAUGAGGAGAUUCAUUCCAUUUUGAAUUUUUGCCAUGCUCAUGCUUGUGGAGGUCACUUUGGUCCCAAAAGAACGGCACGUAAGAUUCUUGAUUGUGGUUUUUAUUGGGAAACUAUUUUUAAAGAUUCUUACAAUUUCUGCAAAAAUUGUGACAAGUGCCAAAGAACAGGUAAUAUCUCUUCUCGCAAUGAAAUGCCUCAAGUCCCUAUUUUGGUUUGUGAAAUCUUUGACGUUUGGGGGAUGGAUUUUAUGGGGCCGUUUCCUAGUUCUUUUGGAAAUUCUUACAUCCUUUUGGCUGUUGAUUAUGUUUCGAAGUGGGUGGAAGUGAAGGCCACCCGCACUAAUGACUCUAAAGUUGUUGCAGGGUUCCUUAAGGAUAAUAUUUUUAACAGAUUUGGAGUGUCACGUGCCAUCAUUAGCGAUCAAGGAACUCACUUUUGCAACCGCACUUUGGAAGCACUUUUCAAGAAAUAUGGAGUCCACCAUCGAGUUGCCACGGCAUAUCAUCCACAAUCCAACGGUCAGGCUGAAGUUUCUAACCGAGAAAUCAAGAGCAUCCUUGAAAAAACAGUCAACCCGAGACGAAAGGAUUGGAGUUUGAGACUGGACGAUGCGGUAUGGGCAUACCGCACUGCAUUCAAGUCGCCGAUUGGUAUGUCUCCGUACCGGCUAAUUUUUGGGAAGCAAUGUCAUCUACCUGUUGAGAUGGAGCAUAAAGCCUUUUGGGCCGUGAAGGAAUUCUAUUUGGAUGAGAAAGCCGUUGGCAAAGAGCGGAAAUUUCAACUGCAAGAAUUGGAGGAGAUUCGAUUGGAGGCGUAUGACCAUGCAAGUCGCUACAAGGAACGAACCAAAUUUCUACAUGACAAAUACAUUCGAAGGAAAUCCUUUGAAGUUGGGCAGAAGGUUCUCUUGUUUAACGCACGCUUAAGGAUUAUGCCAGGAAAAUUGAAAUCUCGUUGGUUGGGCCCGUUUAAAGUUGUUAGUGUGAGUCCUCAUGGAGCUGUGGAAAUCCAAAGCCUCGAAACACAAAAGUGUUUUAAGGUUAAUGGACAAUUACUCAAGCCAUAUUAUGCUGGAGUCGUUCAAUGCGCUUAGCCUGACAUCUCCAACCAUAGUUUAAGGCUUUUGGAAUUUCUUUUCUGUCCAGCCAAGGACGUUAAACAAAGGCGCUCAUCGGGAGGCAACCCGAUUUCUCUUGCCCUUGUUUUAUUUUUUUUAUUAUUAUUAUUUUUUUUUUUUUCGUUUUU